AUGUCGACGACCUUAUCUUUCAAGGUUCGUUCUGGCGAUCCGAGUACCUACAAAUUACUAGUCGACACGAACUCAAACGCCACUUGGUUCGAGAAGUGGUCAUGCAUGGGAUGUCGAGAGAACGCUUUGGUAACCAAGUCGGCAUACUACGCCCGCAACGCAUCGGACGUCCUCGCCACUGCCCCUCUAUCAAAGAACCCAGCCAGCCUGCAAGCCUUCCUCGACCCCAUCCAAGCCACCGAAAUCAACAUCAAGGUAACCGAGCAAGGCGGCCGAGUCUUAUACAACACGGUCUCGAUGGUGAUGCCGAUCAUCCAACAAUUCUUCUUCAUGAUGGCCCUGAACGGCAUCUCGGCGCAAUUCCACCUGUACACCAAACUCGGCCCGAAACGCAACGGUCUCCUCCGCAUGUGCGUCUCGCUUGCCUACACCUUCAUCGGAUCGCUAUGCAUGGCCGGAUAUAUCUGGGCGUACAGAGAGUCCUGGGACGUCAAUAGCAAUCAGUUUGUGCUCUCCUGGAUGAGUAUCUGGCUGUACAUGCACAUCAACUUCCUCAUCGUCGACAUCCUCACCGCGUUUAUCCCCAUGCAAUUCCUCCCCUUCUGCAUCCUAACGUGGGCCAUCAUCAACGUCGCGAGCACAAUUAGCCCCUUUGAACUCAGCCCCGGGUUCUAUCGCUGGGGGUACGCCCUCCCAGCACACGAGCUCUACCAGGUGCUCGUCCAGAUCUGGAGCGACGGAUGCGAGGACCAGCUGCAUCGCGCCCUUCCGAUCAUGUUCUCGUGGUGGGUCGCCUGUGUAGCUAUCGUGCCUUUUGCCAUGUGGCAUCGCUGCAAAGCGGCGCUGGCUGCCGAACAGGCUGCUAACAACUCAGCUUCGGAUAAUCAGUCGACCUCUUCACGGCCGGAAAGCACUGACCGUCCCCACUCGCGCCAAUCGAGUACGCGGGAGAUCAUCCGGCACAGUCGGAGGGAGACAGCUGAGUCUAUCCGCUUGGAGCAUGUUGCGUAUGGACCGAGCUAUCCGACUCCGGGUGUGAGGGGGGACGAGCCGUGA